AUGGCGGCAGCGGCGGCGGCUGCCGGCAGCGGCGGAGCGCCGAACUCAGCCGCUGCUGCGGGCGGUUGGCGGCUUCCCGGUAGGGUACUCGAGUUCGUCUUCUCCUACUUGGACCUCCGGGAGCUACGGAGCUGCGCGUUGGUGUGUAAGCUGUGGUACCGCGUUUUGCACGGCGACGAGAACAGCGAGGUGUGGCGCAGCCUGGCGGCUCGCAACCUCGCCGAGGAGGCGCUACGCAACGAUAUCCUCUGCAACGUGCCCACCUACAAGGGCAAGGUACGUGCCUUUCAGCAUGCUUUCAGCACUAAUGAUUGUUCCAGAAAUGUCUAUAUUAAGAAGAAUGGAUUUACUUUGCACCGGAAUCCCAUUGCUCAGAGUACUGAUGGAGCAAGGACCAAGAUUGGCUUUAGUGAAGGCCGUCAUGCCUGGGAAGUCUGGUGGGAAGGUCCUCUUGGUACAGUGGCAGUAAUUGGAAUUGCUACAAAAAGAGCUCCCAUGCAGUGUCAAGGUUAUGUAGCCCUCCUAGGGAGUGAUGACCAGAGCUGGGGCUGGAAUUUAGUGGACAAUAAUUUAUUACAUAAUGGAGAAGUCAAUGGCAGUUUUCCACAGUGCAACAAUGCCCCAAAAUAUCAAAUAGGUGAGAGAAUUCGUGUUAUCCUGGAUAUGGAAGACAAAACCUUGGCUUUUGAGAGAGGCUAUGAGUUCUUAGGAGUUGCAUUUCGAGGACUGCCAAAGACAUGUCUGUAUCCAGCAGUGUCUGCUGUAUAUGGCAACACUGAGGUGACGUUAGUUUAUCUAGGAAAACCUUUAGAUGGAUGAUAGUUUUGUGUUGGUUU